CUUGGCAAUUGACUUAUCAUUGGAAGCUGCUUCUAUGCUUCAACUUAUACAAGCAGAGGAGUUACCUAAUUACAUGGCACAGGGACCCAAACAUGCUCUGAAAGUGAUAGUUAGUAAUGAAAAUAACCAAUAAGAUAAGUAGAGGGGCUGUGAAAAUGCUCAGCUAAACUUAGCAUGGGAUGGGGACCAUAGUAUUGAAAGCAAUUAUAAAAAAAAAAUAAAAAAUAAAGCAGAUAUGAAGAAAUCUCAUAUUUGGUUUUGUUACUUUCUUGGGAGUUGUUGAAAGAGAUGGGGAGGACAGGGAAAUGGCUCAGGAGCUUGUUGACAGGGAAGAGAUCAGACAGAGAGAAAGAGAAGGAAAAGGAAAAAUGUGGCACCAACAUGUGUUUGUUGAAUGGCAUCACAAGCACAACAGAAACAGAAAAUCCAACCACACCAGUUUCAACAACAACAACCACCAAGGAGAAAAGAAGGUGGAGUUUCAGGAGAUCACCAGCUUCCAGGGAACUGAAUCUUGCAGAAUCUGGUGUCAUUGCUUCUUCAGUCACAGUGCAAAAUGCUGAGAAUGAUCAAAGGGAGCAUGAUCCUGAUUCCAAUGGGUUGUCAACAAGAUGUUCUGAAGAGGCUGCAGCUAUUAAAAUUCAAUCGGUGUUUCGGUCCUACUUGGCAAGAAAGGCACUGUAUGCUCUCAGAGGACUAGUGAAGUUGCAGGCAUUGGUGAGGGGUCACUUGGUGAGAAAACAGGCCAGGGAGACACUGAGAUGCAUUCAGGCUUUGGUCAUAGCACAAGCCAGGGCUCGUGCUCAGAGGGCGCGGAUGGUGUCAGAAGAUCAAAACCUAUCACCCUACAGAAUAACCACUGAGGAAAACUUCUUCAUGCUUAUGCAUAAUGAAAUGGACAGUGGUUUGGAAGAGAAUGCCAAGAUUGUGGAGAUGGCUGUUUGUGAAUCCAAAGGCAACUCAAGAGGAAGAAACAGCGCUGCGAAUCGCGAGCCUUCUGAUCAUAGAUUUUCUGCAUAUUACUCAUCAAACGGUUCAUACUCAAAGGAGGAAAAGUACAAUGCAUCAUCACCUGCACCAUCAACACUGACAGAAUUGAGUCCAAGAGCAUGCAAUGGUCAUUUUGAGGAGUGUUCAUUCAGCACAGCACAAAGCAGUCCCUAUUACUACUCAGAAGAAGUGUCAAGAGUGGAUAAUAAAAUUACAAAGGCUCCAUUUGCAUUCCCUAAACCAGCAUACACAGAACCCAUGUCCUAUGACUACCCUUUGUUUCCAAACUACAUGGCGAACACGGAAUCGUCGAGGGCCAAAGCCAGAUCACAGAGUGCACCAAAGUCAAGGCCAGAUUCGAACGAGAGGCAGCCAAGCCGAAGAAGAGCUUCAGUGGAAGGAAGAAAUGUCCCAAGGCCAGUGAGGAUGCAAAGGUCAUCUUCACAUGUUGGUUUCACUGCCCAAAACUACCAAUAUCCAUGCUCAAUAAAGCUUGACAGGUCCAUAGUCAGUGAGUGUGGCUCUACAAGUACAGUGAUCACAAACACAAACUCUAAUUACUUCACAUGAUCAUCACGAUGUCAGUACGGCUACUUACCAUUCUAUUCUCAUGUGACAUGUUCUCACCAUAAAAUUGAAUGAUAGUGCAACACAAAAAAUCAUGUAUAGUUCUCAUUGAAUAAAGGCCAAGUCAUGUAUGUCACUUAGUUUGGUAAUACUAUUUGAUCUGAUAAGUGAUAAGCUUUUAUUAUUGCUUGUUUUGGCUGCAGCCUCAUGGACUUCUCACUACAACAAAAAGGGUACAAAAAUUCAGAGUUUCUUCACUUUUUAGACUUCAAAACAUAUAACAAACUCUGUAUUUACAAAUUCAGAGUCCUAGCUUGCAAGGGAUUUUGAUUCAAGUCCAAAAUUAGAAGAGCUUCUUCUUGUAUUUGUUGUCUCAUGGAUUACACUAUGAGAAAGCAAUAUAACAGUUUUUGAAUGUGUA